AGUGGAUAAUUAUAGACAGACCAAGAUGAGCAACACAUUGAAUGCCAAUCUCAAUAAGGUCAAUUCGAUUCUUGAACGGAAACUCCGUAGUUUCCUCCUGGGUCCUAAAAAGGGGGAAACAUUUGAAUUAAGAAAUGGAUUGGUAUCCCAAUAUAAGCAUGAGCGUAAAGACUCCAUACAACGAGUAAUUCAAGCCAUGACUUUAGGUAAAGAUGUCUCCAGUUUGUUUCCGGACGUGUUGAAGAAUAUCGCCACUUAUGAUUUACAACAAAAGAAAUUGGUUUAUUUAUACUUGAUGAAUUACGCCAAGACCCAUCCGGAAUUGUGUAUAUUGGCCGUCAAUACAUUUGUUCAAGAUACCGAAGAUCCCAAUCCAUUGAUUCGUGCCUUGGCUAUUAGAACUAUGGGUUGUAUUAGAGUGGAUAAGAUGGUUGAUUAUAUGGAAAUUCCCUUGCAGAGAACUUUAAAGGAUGAGAAUCCAUACGUGAGAAAGACUGCUGCCGUGUGUGUUGCCAAAUUGUUUGAUUUGAAUCCUCAGAUUUGUAUUGAGUUUGGAUUUUUAGAGCAAUUACAAGAAUUGAUUAAAGAUUCCAACCCAAUGGUUGUUGUCAAUGCCUUGAAUGCAUUGUAUGAAAUCAAAGAUAUGAAUACGGAUGAAAACUUGGUUGUUUUUGAAAUCAAUCAUGAAAUUAUUCAAAAUUUGGUAUUAUGUCUCAAUGAAUGUACUGAAUGGGGUAGAAUCACCAUUUUAACCACCUUAAAUGAUUAUACUACAUCAGAUGUAGAGCAAGUCAAUCAUAUUAUAGAAAGAGUUAUUCCUCAAUUACAACAUGUUAACCCUUCCGUGGUUUUGAGCUCAAUCAAGGUUAUCUUGCAUCAUUUGGAAAUUAUUCCUAGUCAACAACAACGUGAUGGUAUUUUAAAGAAGUUGCUGGCUCCUCUAGUGUCAUUGGUGAAUUCUUCAAGCAUCCCCGAAGCUCAAUAUGUUGGAUUGAAGAACAUUCGAAUUAUCUUGGAGAAAUAUCCCCAAAUAUUGUCCAAGGAAUUAAGAAUCUUCUUUUUGAAGUAUUCCGAUCCAUUAUACCUUAAAUUGGAAAAGCUUGAAAUUAUGAUUAGAUUGGCUAAUGAAAGUAACAGUACUAUCUUACUCAGUGAAUUAAAGGAGUAUGCUAUGGAAUUCGAACCAAGCUUAGUUUCAAAAGCUAUAAAAUCAAUUGGAUCUGUGGCUAUCCAAUUAAGUAAUUGUGUUGUUAAAUCAGUUACAUUGUUAAAUGAGAUUAUUGAACAAAGAGGAGGAGAUUUAAUCAUAAAUGAGUCAAUUAUUGUCUUGACUAACAUUUUACGAAGAUACCCUAGAAAGAACGAUUUCAUUACAUUGAUUAUUCCCAUUAUUUCCAAUCAUAUUGAAGAAUUGGACAGAAAUGAUUCAUUAUCCAGUUAUAUCUACUUAUUGGGUGAGUAUCCAAAGUAUUUCUCCAAUUUGCAUGACAAGUUAACAAAGUUAGUAGAACAGUUCUUGUCAUUUGAUCCAAUUUUGCAAUUAAACACAUUAACUACAAUUGUCAAGAUUAACUUACAAUCUACCGGAACACAAUUUUCUAGUUUAUUGCAACAAGUUUUGGAAAUGUCUACCAAAGAAUGUGAAAAUGCCGAUGUUAGAGAUAAGGCAUAUAUAUAUUGGAGAUUAUUAUCAUCUUCAUCAUCAGUUGAAGUUCAAAAAAGAAUUGUAUUAAGUAAGAUUCCAGCCAUCAAGACCACCAUUUCAUCAUUCAAUCCAAUUAUUUUAGAAACUUUAAUGAGUGAAUUAUCCACCUUAUCUUCAGUAUACCACAAACCAGCAAAGACAUUUAUAGAUGCAAGCGCAUAUUCAAGAACACCAAAGACUAAUGAGAAGUUAGAAGAUUUGAAAACUAAAGCCAAGAAAGAAAUCAUUAACAAUGUCAAGAAUGAAAACUUGCUUGAUUUCGAUGAUGAUGGUAAUGAGAAUGGUGUCGGUAGUGAGGAAGGUGUCAACAGUUUACUUGAUGAAUUGAACGAUUUGUUUAUGGCUCAACCUCCUCCAACACAAUCGGAAGCUCCACAACAAGGGCAAUCACAAACCAAUGAUAUUUUAAGCUUGUUUAAUACCAUUCCAACAACCACACCUGGAAAGCCAAGUUUUACGGGUUCUAGUACAACUACAAACACCGGUAGUACAGUCAAUAAUGAUCUCUUGGAUCUUUUCUAAAUAUAAAUACAAAUUAUAUAUCCAGUAAUAACUUUUCGAUUAUUUCCGAUUUCAAUUUCCGGAUUUGUUCAUCGUUUUUAUUGUUUCGUUUAAAGUGUUCUUCCUUCAGAUUUAUUUCAAAUUCCGUCAAUUUCUUAAUUUUGGUCUUGACUUCUUCCGAAACUUUUUCAAUUGUGUCGAUUUCUUGUCGUUUCAAGUCGAUUUGUUUACGUAGCAACAUAAUUAAACUCUCUCUAGUUUGGUGUGGUCUAUAAGUAUUUAGUAAAUGAUUGAUAUUAAUCAAAAUCAAAGAAAUAUCCUUAACCUUACUCUCAUAAUUGGUAGGAUCGAUUGACAUUAUUCCAAUCAACUCCAAGAAGUUGAGCAAUAGUGAAUCCAUUAACUUAUGCAAUUCUUUUAUUUUCGUUUCUGAAGUAAUUGACUCGUCAUUUUCAGCUGGGUAAAGUUGUCGCCAAUUUGUAGAUUUAAGACUGGGAAGUUUAUCUUCAAACGACCAGAUGUUCCCAUAACCUCUGUAGUGAGAACCCGAUGGCGGUGCUGGUGGCACAAGGAAUCGUAAUUCACCUGGUGGGACUUCGACUGUAUUUUCACUUGGUUCUGACUUGCGUUGUUGUUCCCAUUGUGCUAGCUUUGCUAGAUUUUCAUUAGUAAAGAAUUUGACAUAUGGCGGUGGAGGGGGAUACAAUGAAGAUAUUAGAUCUUCAUUGGUAUUAGACAUUAUGCUGCUAAAGUCACCUUGGUAGCCUUUGUUUGCUAUUUUCGUUGUACAUCCACAGGGGAAAAAUAUUUGAUUUCAAAUCAUAUCAAAAUUUACAACCAAGAAACUCCACACCUUUUUAUUAUUGUUUCCACUAUACUCUUCAUUAUAACGUCAGUACACUUAGUAAUAGAUUUAUUGAAAUGGCUGACGAUCGUAUGGAUAUAGAUGAAGUAGCACAGGAGCUGGCUGAAUCCACGCCUCCUGCCACCAAAUCAUCAUCCAAGCAAAAGUUUGAAGUUAAGAAGUGGACCGCUGUUGCAUUUUGGUCAUGGGACAUGCAAAUUGAAAAUUGUGCAAUUUGUAGAAAUCACUUAAUGGAGCCUUGUAUUGAAUGUCAACCAAACACCAUUGCCAAUGGCAGUGAAGAAUGUAUUGCUGCUUGGGGUGUGUGUAACCAUGCGUUCCAUUUACAUUGUAUUAAGAGAUGGCUAAAAACUAGAAAUGCUUGUCCUUUAGAUAACCAAGAAUGGACAUAUCAAAAAUUUGGUACCUAGUCCUAUUUGUAUAUUAAUAUACAUAAUGUCUACUUAUAAUAUCUCCAACUUCUCUUGAAACUUCCUAAUACCACCAAUUCUAAACAGUUUGGUUUGAUUUGCUCUAGACUAGUGUUGACUCCAUCCUGUAGAUCACCAAUCAUUUCUACGAAGAACACGUACUGCCAGGGUUUGACGUGAGAGGGACGCGAAUUGAUUGAAAUCAAGUUGACUCCAUUGGAUUUGAAUCGUACUAAUACGUCACAUAAUGCCCCUGGGUUCUCUGAAUUGUUCAAAGUGAACAUAACUGAAGUGACUAUAUCUUCUUCUUCUUCUUCUUCUUCUUCAUUUGUUCCGUGCUGAAGAGGCUUAUUGUAUCCCAACACCAAGAAUCUGGUGGUAUUACUGACAUUAUCCUCAAUGCUUUCAUACAUUAUCGGUAACUCAUACAAGUCCGCACUCAUUUUCGAGCUUAUGGCUGCUGAAGUUCCAUCACUUCCCUCACUCUUGACAAUUUCUGCUGCUUUGGAAGUAGAUCCAACAUCAAUCUUAACCACAUCCGCCUUAACUUUUUCCAGUAAGAACUUACUAACUUGAGUCCAUACUUGAGGGUGGGAAUAUAUGGUCUUGAUCAGGCCUAUGUCCUUAGCAUAAGUAAGGAAAUUAUGAUGAAUGCUAACAAAUUGUUCGGCAACAACUUUGAAUUCCGGUUCAGUGGUGUUGAUAAACCAAUCUCGCAACAAAUCAUAUGUAAAUACAACCUGUCCAUUAGUAGAGUUCUCGAAUGGUACCACAGCAUAAUCCACUUGUUUGGAAUCUAUGCAUUUGAAACAAUCGCUGAUGGCCUUUUGAGGAAGGAUAGUUACAUCAUUACCAAAUUGUUGUAUCACGGCCUGAUGGGUAUAGGUUCCUUCGGGACCUAAGAAUGCUACCUUGAUAGUCAUAUGGAGUGGCCUUUUGGUACUACCUUAGUGAU